AUGUUUCCGAGACCUCAAGACAAAUCUGACGAUGCUUUCUGGGCUCAAGGGUUUUACCAACCCGCUGUGUUUCAAGCUCACGGAACCGAACAGCCCGUGACCAGCGAGGGUCAACCACAUAACUACCCAGGUCGAGCAUGGCCACUGCACCAGCAACCUGUGUUUCAAUCAAACGCUUCGUACUCGCCAUAUCCGCAGCAGCCACAUUACCUACCGCAGCCACAUUACCUACCGCAGCAGGUAGCAGGAGACGCACAAGUCUCUUAUAGUCCUAACGAGAUCCGAUGGAAUAACCGUAGCUCACCAGUUGGGGAGACGCAGCAAUAUCCGUUGUCACGACGGAGAAGCAACGGCUUCCAACGCGAUGGGAAUAUCGCUCGCCCAGACCAGUCUUCGCCCACGCACGUUCAUUCAAUGCUGACUGGUCUGCACCACACACCUCCCAUGGAUCAGUCAAAUGUGGCAAGUUCAAGUAGAAGACGCUCGCUGAAUCCUGGCAAGUCGCAUGAGUAUCAGCGGCGCAAGUACCCGGUUUUCCAAGCUGUAUACAGCGAGGCUAGUGAGCGGAAGAGCAUAAGUAUGAGCUUAGCAUGGAGCGAAGACUGCUACGGCGAAUGGGUACACAGCACAACCCGUCGAUUUGUGGUCGUACGCGAAGGCAACAAGAUUUGCAGCGUACUACCUAUCACCACCUAUAGUCAGCAGGGUGUACGCAAGCCUGGUGUCCGCGUAGAAGAGCACGGCAUGAUCUACACAGGCAGACAACAGCCAGUAGCCCUCGAUGUCACGGAGAAUGGUCGACAGAUGCAGCCGAUAGCAAUCCGUGUCGAUGCCGAUAAGCCGACCGAAAGGCUGGAUGAGUGGUCCCGCAUUGACUAUGCCCGGACACACACGAUCGACCACAAAACCAAGGUCAAGUCGAUCGGUAAGGUCAACACUGCAUCCAUCGUGCCUCUGUUGAUGCAAUAUCGAAACGUAGCAUUUGGACAGUCCGAGCAUGGGUCACCGCGAGACAGUGUCCUCGAGGACCUGGCAUCGUUACAGAUCACCGAUGCCUUGGCUCCACGAGCGUCAUACUACAGCCGAGCCACGAGUGCAAUACAGAUACUGAUGAAAGGUGGAUUGACGUACAGAGAUGCCGUGGAGAUCAUCAGAUCGCCAACACAAGCGGAAGCGUUGGAUGAUCAUGAAUCCUUGGAAGUCCAAGAGGAUGGCGAUCAUCGACAGAGUACGAAGGAGGAGGCUGAGCCCCCCAGUAGUGGUGGCGAGUGA